AUGGAAGCUGAUCAUAUCCAUGCACUUAUCGAACGAGUUAUAAAGAAACAACCAACCAUGAAAAUAUGUACGCCAUGGGACUGGCAGCAACUUAUAAGAUCAACCGGAGCCACAGUUUUCGAGAUGCAGUUAGAUGACUUCAAAAACUUCGAGGCCUUAUAUUCCGGCACAGGAUCACCUCUCAUUCAAAAGAAACAGACAGUAGACAAAGAAAGCUUUUUACUGUCAUCAGCGGUGUGA